AUGCCAUCAUAUGCUAAGUUCCUUAAAGAAAUUCUUUCAAAGAAGAGAAGGUUGGAAGAGUAUGAGACAGUUGCUCUUAAAGAGGAAUACAAUGCCAUAUUACAAAAUAAGCUGCCACCAAAUCUCAAGGAUCCAAGGAGCUUCUCUAUAUCUUGUCUUAUUAGCAACAUGAAAAUAGACAAGGCAUUCUGUGAUCUAGGUGCAAGUGUGAAUCUGAUGCCUCUAUCAAUAUGUCAAAAGCUGGGUGUAGGAGAGCUCAAACCCACAAUAAUUUCACUGCAAUUGGCUGAUCGAUCUGUCAAGUACCCAAUUAGCAUCCUAGAAAACAUCCCCAUCAAAAUGGGAAAAUUCCUUAUUCCUGUUGAUUUUGUUGUCCUGGAAAUGGAAGAGGAUAUCCAAAUUCUUAUCAUCCUAGGAAGACCUUUCUUGGCAACUGCCAAAACUAUCAUAGACGUUAAGAAUGGGAUCAAAGAAGCUUUGAUUUCAGCACCAAUUAUGCAACCACCUGACUGGGAGCUGCCAUUUGAGGUGAUGUGCGAUGCAAGUGACUAUGUAGUUGGAGCAAUACUUGGACAAAGGAAAGAUAAGAAGCUCCACGCUAUUUAUUAUGCCAGUAAAAUACUCAAUGAUGCAUAA